GCCCAAUUCGGGCACUGCGAGAGGGGAGGCGGGGGCACGGCCGCUCCGACAUCGCCUUUUUAGGACCUUUUUUUUAAUCCCUCUCUGAUCUUUUUUUUUUUUUUUUUUCCCUUCUCUCCUCGCGGAGACGGAGCAGCACCUCCUCCCUCCCUCUGCCGGCCCGGCUCGGCUCAGCCCGGCUCCUCCCAGCCGGCACGGGGCGGAGGAGGGAGGAGGAGGAAGAGGAGGAGGAAGAGGAGGAGGAGGAAGAAGAGCAGGAGGAAGAAGAGCAGGAGGAGGAGCCCGCACCGGCAGCGGCCGGGCCGGAGCUUGGUCAGGGGAGGGGGAGCGCAAUGUCCCUGGCGGAGCGGCAGCGGCAGGAGGAAGAGGAGGGGGAAGGGGAUGGUGCGGGGGAGGAGGUGGUGCAGAUCCGGCUGGGGGACAAGUGCUACCCGGUGUGCAAGAGGAAGCUGAUUGAGCAGAGUGACUAUUUCCGAGCCCUCUACCGCUCGGGCAUGAGGGAGGCAGGGCAGGGCCAGGAGGAGCAGCUGCUGCGCGGGGGGCUGAGCGCCCUGGGACUGGAGCUGGUGCUGGACUUCAUCAACACCUCCUGCCUGGCCAGGCUGGAGCAGGAGGAGGGGGGCGAUGACGAGCCCCCCCUGCUGGAGGAGCUGGUGGAGGCUGCUUCCUACCUGCAGGUCACCCCCUUGCUCCGCCUGCUCCUCUCCCAGGUGAGGGUGGGCAACUGCCUGGAGCUGCACCGCCUGGCUCAGGUCUACGGCCUCCAGGACUUGCAUGAUGCUUGUCUAGACUUCAUGGCUGCCCAUUACCAUCAGGUUCUGCGGAGGCCUGAUGCCCGGCCACACCUCCACCUGCCUCAUGCUCUCCAGCAGCACCUGAAGGAGAGACGGAUGAGGGGCACCGCCACCCUCGUGGCCAUUGGGGACUUCAUGGGUGCCUCCUCUCUGGGCCUGCCUCCAGGCUGUCACCCUCAGGCGGAAGCCCCGUGGUCAAUGCUGAGGUAUGAGGAGGAGGCACAGAGGUGGCUGCCCCUGGCCAACAACCUGCCCCCAGAUCUGGUGAACGUCCGAGGCUAUGGGUCGGCUAUGCUGGACAACUACCUCUUCAUUGUUGGGGGCUACAGGAUCACCACCAGCCAGGAGAUUUCAGCUGCUCACUGUUACAACCCUUGCCUAAAUGAAUGGAGUCAGCUGUCCUCAAUGAACCAGAAGAGGUCCAAUUUUAAGCUUUUGGCUGUAAAUGGAAAGCUCUAUGCCAUCGGUGGUCAGUCUCUUUCCAAUGUGGAGUGUUAUAACCCAGAAAAUGACUGGUGGAACUUUGUAGCAUCCAUGCCAAACCCUCUUGCAGAAUUCUCAGCUUGCGAGUGCAAGGGCAAGAUCUACGUUAUCGGAGGAUACACUACACGAGAUAGGAAUAUGAACAUUUUGCAGUACUGUCCCACUUCUGAUUCCUGGACCAACUUUGAACUUUGUGAUGUCCAUGUUCGCAAACAACAGAUGCUCUCUGUUGAAGAAACAAUAUAUCUGGUAGGGGGUUGUAUUCAUGAACUUGGGCCAAACCAAAAAUCCAGCCAAAGUGAGGACGUGUUAACUGUGCAGUCUUACAACAUUGCUACCAAAGAAUGGCUCUACCUCAAAGAGAACACAUCAAAAUCAGGUCUUAACUUGACUUGCACUCUCCACAAUGAUGGAGUUUAUAUAUUGAGCAGGGAUAUUACCUUAUCUACAAGCUUGGAGCACCGUGUUUUUCUGAAGUAUAAUAUAUUUACAGACAGUUGGGAAUCACUAAGACGCUUUCCAGCCUUUGGACAAAACAUGCUGAUCUGUUCUAUGUAUUUGCCUGAUGUGCAAGAAGUGUAAUAGCAUCAGGUUUUUCUUUUCAGCUCAUUAAUCACUCUUGGAAGAAAUAUUGCUCCCUCUAAGUAAUUCCAGUUUCAGAAUGUAAUGUGGUUGCAUAACAUAGACAUAAAUACUGAUUCCAUUCUUAAAAAAAAUAAAAAAUAAAAAUUAAAAAUCCAGUAUUAAGGGGAUGCUUCCAGAAACAGUUUUAAGAUUUCAUCUUUUUUAAAAAAGUAUUAUUUUGGAUUUUAAUUUCACCAAAUAUUGUUUGCAAUUUUAAUGUAAAAUUAUUGUGUUGGUAACCAAUGAAGGCACUGAAGGAACUCCAAAGACAAAACUGUUCAGUCUACUUUUAUUCUCCAUCUUUAUAGACACCGUAGAAGAUAAAGAAUAUACAUGAUAAAAGUGGAAAUAAUUCAAUAAAGUAAAUAAGAAGUUUAAGAAAAAUAA